GACGUUUGGCCGAUGACGACGACGCUUCAUUUCUGUGUUUUCUCGUCUACUGACUAUUGGCUAUUUUGUAGCUCUGUAAAUGUUUCGUGUUUUAGAUUUGUUUUAUUCAAUUGAAUUGUCUACAUUUGUGUUUGUUAGACCAAAUCCAAGCAAAUAUUUAAAAAAAAUUGAAUUUUGGUCAUCAGAAACGUCGAGCAAUUGAAAUUCGUUCAAAAACUGUGGAAUUGUAACGCAAGAGACGUCAGAAUCUCGCAAUCAGCAACGAUGAAUUCGAAUUCGCGCAGACGUUUGGCCAGAUACUGGUCGAACAUUGAGAUAGAAACCAAGGAAACGCUACAAUCGGUCAAAGAAGACUUUCAAAGUAGCGGCAUGUCGUUUGAUAGCAAAUUCAAAGAAUUUUUUGUGCGAGUGACAAUUGAUCGCGUCACACGAUUGUUCACUGAAUGUGAAUUGGAAGAGCAGUACAUUGGCGUUCGACCUAUUCAGGCAGCAGUCAACCAAAAUCCAAUCAACACGACGACUGCCAAAACAGACGGCGAGACAGGAAUCAUGAUCAGUCAACUGACGGCUAACCCAAUUCCAACCGAGAUGUACGUUCCAAGCGACGCAUCACUCGUAUCGUUCCUGGCCAAACAUACUGACCCAAACAAUGUUACUUCGACGAUCGAAGCAAUGUUUGGAAAUGUAUCGGUGCCAGCUUCUCAAAGUGACCAGACUCCAUUGAUUGGUGUGAAUGGAAGUGACCAGAAUAAGGAUGCCAAUGGAAAUUACUUGACGCCAAAAGAGAAUGACGUGAGACCAACUGUAGAUACCACUGAAUUGGCGAAUGGAAUGAUGGCCAAUCGUUCGAUAAUCGAUCCAAUCGUACCAGCUUUGAUUGCACAACCGAAUACUGCUGUGGAUUGGCCUCAAGAACUGCCCACUUCGACUCCAUUCCAUGGCUUGGUCGAGGAAUCCGAAACGAACGCUUCAAGCUGUGGGUCGUUCCAGCGAUUCUCAUCAUUUUUGGACAGAAAUAUCGAUCCAAACGAUGUCACAUCGACGAUCAACGUAAUGCUUGGCAACGCAUCAAUGAUAACGGCUCAAAUCGAUCAGUCUCAAGCGACUGAUGCGAUUGAAAAUGGGCCAAACGAUGCCAACAAUGGAAUUGGCAUCGUCGAAACAGCGAAUAUAACGACACCACCCGAUUCAACUGGACCAGAGUUCAGUGAUAUGGCCGACAUCAACUCGAUGAAUGCUCCAGAGAGCGAAUCAAACGACGCCCAACUGCCGAAUGAAACGGUUUUUGGUGGGUCUAUUGACAUUGACGAUGAGAUUUCGGCUGAUGAACAAGCUGCAUCGAGUACACGAAGCAACGAAUCAACCAACCAAGUGACAGAAUGCACGGAUUUGACCUGUGAAGAUGUCCAACCAUCGUCAGAAGGCGCCAGCCAUCACAUCGAGCGAAAUGGUGUGCGACAAGGAGGAAAGCAGCGACGAAAAAGGAAAAUUGCUCAUGCAACGACGUCGGAUGGAAGUGCGAAGAAGAAACGAAUUACGGGCCCACGAUCGACACUGAAAACCAUUCCGGAAUUGAAUUCAGAAGUGGCAUUGAUUGACCUGACAUUGAACGAGAUCGAGAGUACUGAACAAGCGAGCAGUACGAGCAGUCAGCCAGUCCAAGAGGAAGGUACUGACUCGAGUGGAGCUGAAAGUCAAAGUGCAUCGACAUCGAACGCGAGACAUGUAGCAAGGAAUAACGGCGGCAUUGUCAAACGUGGAGGUGAAAAUGGGUCGAAUGGACUUAAGUAUGCAUUUUGUAAACACAUAGCUUCACAAAAAUCGAAUUUGACUAGACACGAACGCAUACACACUGGCAAAACGCCAUUCAAAUGUAUAGUUUGUGACAGAGGAUUUACUCGCAAAGAUCGUCUUAUUGGACACAUGGGAACCCACACGAAUAAAUUCCCGUUCCAUUGUGCGAUUUGUCGUCAAGGAUUCAAGCUGAAGGAGGAAAAGGAAACGCAUGAAAAAGACUGCAACGUACGUCGAUAUGAAUGCUAUUUUCGCGAGUGCGGGUUUUACCAUUUCAACAAAUCAGAUUUAGUCAGGCAUAUGCGCAUUCAUACCGGAGAGAAACCAUUUCGUUGCUCCCAUUGUUCACAACGAUUCACUCAAAAAGGUGUUUUAAAUCGACAUUUCAAACGUCGCCACAAUAAGACCAAAUGAUUUUAUGCAACGCGUUUCGAAGACGUUCCAUCGUCGAGAGAUGUCUAGAGACACAUUAGUUUUUGUGAUUGUAUCACAUUCAGAAAUGUAUGUUUCCCGUGUGAAAAAAUAGUAACUGAGCAGUCAGUUAACUAAUUUGGGACAAAAAUGACUUACUUUGAUUGACAUUGUAAGUCUAUCAUAGUUAACUGAAAUCAUUUGAAGUUACAAGUCAAUCUAAGUUGCUUCAUUUGGGACCAAGUGAUUUUCUUAGACCAAAAAUAUAAAUUCAAUCAACUAAAGUCAACUGAAGUUAUAGUCAGUCAGUCAUUUCUUUUUCACACGGGUUAUCACUUGAUUGUGCGUAGAAAAGAAGAAUCUCAUAAUUUGUACGAAUAUUGAUGAAAAUCAGCUCGAAAAUGUUGUGAUUUAGCGUGUUCAAUAGAAUAAAACGGACUUAGAAUUAAGUUUCACAUACAGAAAUAUCCAAAUUGAAGUAUUGUGACAUAAAACAUUUGUUGUUCGUUAAUAAAAUGAUAGAAAUUACUCGA